AUGGGAAUCUGGAUUCCCGUGACCGACCCCUUUGCGAUCGCCGGCUUCGCUAUGGUCUGUCUUCUUGUUAUCAUUCUUAUACUGCUACUUACCGUUGUUCAACGGAGAUCUGCGCAGGAGGUGUGGGACUCUGUUGAAGGUAGACAGAGGAGCAAUGCGCUGGACGAGAGGACUGGAGGGCAUCAUGCUACUGGGGAGCAGCAAGUCAGCAGCGACGAUCUUACCAUCGAGAACCAUCAGGCCGCCGCCGCUGCCACCACAGCUGCCAACGAACACGCAACUCACGACAAUCAGGUCGCUGAAGACAACUACGCUUCCGAAGUCACAACCGACACAGACCGCCUCAUUCCUCCGUCGAGGCCCGAGAGCAGUCACUCAAACGGCUCCACGGCGCCUUCCAACCACAAGAACAAGCGGCCUGCUGUGAGAAUCAGUCGUUUUGUCGAGGUGUUUGGCCAUCAUUCUCCGAAGCAGCCGGACAACGAUCAGACACCAAAGCGCAUCGACUUCCAGGCUGUGCCGCAAGGUCGGAUGAGCUUGAAUGAGCAUCGGAAUAAGGAGAUGUGGCUUGAUUGA